AGUAGUACUAAAUUUAAAAUGAAUACCAGUUAACAUCCGCUAUUGGCACUACUCAGUUUCGGCUAAAAAUAAAAAAGAACACAAGAUGAAAUUCCUGCUUUUGACCAUCUUUGUUUGCUGCGCCCUUUUAUUGGCUGUCAACGCUGUGCCUGUGGAGGAAGCCAUUCCAGAGGGUAUAGAAGGAGCUCGCGACACAGUUGAGCCCACUGAUGACAAGAGCAUUCUGUUGAAGCUCAAGCUGCUGAAGAAACUUUUGUUCUUGGGUUAAUCCUUUCGAUUAUGCCACGUCAUACAGCUACCGCUAUUUUGCAAUAUUAACAAAUAAACAACACUUUUGUACGCGAAAAAAAAUCAGCCAUACCAUACACACAAACGCGGCAUUUUCACGAUAUUUAAUUAAUUUAUCAGAUAAUGCUAAGUAAAAAUAUCAGGGCUUCACAUUAAAUACUCUAAAUAAUAUACAUAUAUACUAUUAGGUUAAAAAAAUAAAAGAUCAAUGAAAAUAAAAAAUUUGUAUACGUAAAAUAUAAAUGUUCAACCGUCUAUUCAAUGCUUUGAGGGGAACUAUAAUUUAGAACCCAUGUAAAUCAACCACAUUAGCAAUUGAGCGUACAAAAUGCGUUUUCUUGAAUAUUAGAAUUUUUUGUAACACUAAGGGCCAAAUUCACAGUACGCAGUUAACCACUGACAAAAGUUUAACUAUUGAUUUUGAUAUACGUAACGCUCAGUUAACAAAAGUUUAAACCAGCAGGCCGCC